UGAGCUCAGAGGAAGGAAUAGUUUUGCUGCAAGGAGGGCAGAGCCGCGAGGAGUGAAUGGAUCAGUGCACUAAUGCAGGAAAAACUCUUCGUGGAAACCCUUCUAUCUCCGUGAGAGAAGCACUACGUGCCCGUUAUGUUCUACUGUGGAGGAUAGAGCGUUUUGCCAAGAGAAGGGAAAAAGCAGCGGACUUCGAGUCGGGACACUCCUUCGUUUGAGUUGCCUGUAACGUUAGCUCGUCCGGGGACUGUUUCCAAUCUCCUUUGAGCCUAGCAUCGGAGAAGGAGGUUUCAGCCAAGCAGGACAACUGUCGGCAAGAUGCAGGGGGUUUCGGCAACAACUGACCUCUCUCCCUCCUCUCUACAGUACCAGUGUGGAUCGGUGGACUUCCUGUGUUCCCCACGGCUGGGAAAGAAAGCCCCACCCCCUCCCAGACCAUGUCACGGCUGGCCUGCAGUCAAGCCCCACCCCCAGCCCACCGCCACACCCACCUCUCAGAAACCUCAAGUGCCGCCUAAGCCCCCGCACCUGCUGGCCCUCGGACAGGACAAGAAGCCCAAGAGGAUCCCCCCGGCCCCCUCCAGGCCGCUGCCUGCUCCCCCAACUUCGCCCAAAACGCGUCCCAGCCAGACCCUCCCUGGCCUGGCCACACUGCCUCAAAGAGAAGCCCAGAACGUGGGGCUACUCAUCGAAAGGUUUGAGAAGUCCAGGAUUCCGAUUCUUGGCGUCCCCCCGAAGAAUCAGCUCCACCUGUGCCUGAGUAUGAACGCCAUGUCUGAGACCACACCCUCCUCUGCCCCUGACCCCACAGCACACUCCCCUUCAGGGUCAGCAGGAGCAAAGGACUCUGGGGAACGCUCCCCUGCCGACAAACUUGCACAUAUCGUCUCGGAGCGGAUUGAUGAGGUCACAGAGCUGAUAGAACUAUCACGCCUGGCCUCACUCCGCAUCGACGGCCACGAGGACAUUCCUCUGGACUCAAUGGAGGACCACCUCGACAUCGCCCAUGGCGAUAGAGUUGGUUCCCUUGACGAUGUGGAGCGGGAGGAGAGAGGCUCUUCCCAUGAGCUCCAGGACAAUCCGGACUCUCUCUCCUCGGAGCAGAACUUAAAUGGGAAGAUUCCCAACAGGGACAGCGGGAUUGACAGCCCAUCGUGUACGGUGGAGGGGGAGGUGUUCCCCAACGAGGACGCCAUCGACGAGGAAGAGCGCUAUGACAGCGUCACGGAGACGGAGACCAGCGUGUCCUGCUGCAUAACCCUGGACAACAAGCGUGACUCCACGCAGGACGAGGACAGUGACCUGGAUGAGGUCAGCAGUGGGGAGAUGGAGGCAGGAGAGAAGACAGACACACACAGGUGCUCAGAGACCCAGAGGUUACUGAACAUCGCCAGAGAGCUCCUUCACACUGAGGAGGCCUACGUCAAGAGACUCAACCUCCUGGACCAGGUAUUUUGCACUAAGCUGACAGAAGCUGGAAUCCCUCAGGAGGUGAUAACAGGGAUCUUCUCCAACAUCUCCUCCAUCUACUGCUUCCACCACAAGUUUCUGCUCCCUGAGCUCAAGACACGCAUCACUGGAGAAUGGGACUCAAACCCGCGUAUAGGAGAUAUCCUCCAGAAGCUGGCUCCCUUUAUGAAGAUGUACGGAGAGUACGUGAAGAACUUUGACCGUGCUAUGGACCUGGUCAACACCUGGAGCCAACGGUCAUCACAGUUCAAGAGUGUGGUCCAGAAUAUACAAAAGCAGGAUGUGUGUGGGAACCUGACUCUCCAGCACCACAUGUUGGAGCCUGUUCAGAGGAUCCCUCGCUAUGAACUCCUGCUCAAGGACUAUCUGAAGAAACUGCCUGACGAUGCACUGGACAGGAAAGACACAGAGAAGGCAUUGGAGCUCAUAUCCACAGCAGCCAACCACUCCAAUGCUGCCAUCAGGAAAAUGGAGAAGAUGAACAAACUGCUGGAGGUCUAUGAGAGACUGGGGGGAGAGGAGGACAUUGUGAACCCAGCCAACGAACUCAUCAAGGAGGGACACAUCAAGAAGAUGUCUGCCAAGAAUGGGACGGCCCAGGACCGAUACCUCUAUCUGUUUAAUAACAUGGUGCUGUACUGCGUUCCCAAGCUGAGGUUGAUGGGUCAGAAGUUCAGUGUGAGAGAGAGGAUCGACAUCGCUGGGAUGGAGAUCAGGAAGGAGGUUCAGGAGAAUGUGAAGCAGAACCUCCCUCUCACUUUUGCCAUCAUCGGCAAGCAGCGCUCACUAGAGCUGCAGGCCAGCACGGCAGAGGAAAAGGAAGACUGGAUACAGGUGAUCCUGGCCACCAUAGAGAGACACAAGCAGAACAGUGAGACCUUUAACAAAGCCUUCAACAGCUCCUUCUCCAGAGAGGAAGACCACCUGCCAGACUCACCGGGUCCCUGGAGCACCACAUCCAUAGACUCAGACAGUGAAAGACUGCAUGAAAGGAAAAGUUCCAAGAAGAAGGAGAAGGAGAAGCAGACAUGUAAAGGCUGCAACGAAAGCUUCAACUUCACCAAGCGCAAACACCACUGCAAAGCAUGUGGAGCGGCCAUCUGUGGUAAAUGCUCUAAGAUGUUGGAGAACAAGACGUGUCGACUGUGUCCUGAAUGCUUUGUGACGAGCCAAGUCCCUGAAGGGCCUGCAGGGGCCCCAGGAGAACUGAAGAGGAAAGCUACAGCCGAGAAGCAGGUGUCUCCGUCUCUAUUGGGGGACAACUGUCUGCAGUGUGGCCAGCUGCAGGUGCAGGAGAAGGGCAAGAGCUGGACCAAGACCUGGGUGGCCGUCACCAAGACUGAACCUCUAGUGCUGUACCUGCAGACCAGCGGACAGGACUCCCGUGGGGUACGAGCCAUACCCCUCCCGGGGUUUGAGGUGAACAUGGCAGCGCCAUCGGCAACAGAGAAGUCAGAGCUCAAACACGCGUUCCGGCUGAGUAACUCCCAGCAGGCUCUGCUGUUCAUCGCCCAGGAUGCAGAGGUCCAGGACCAGUGGGUGGAGCUUCUCUCUAGAGCCGCCCGCGGGGAAACAACCACAGUCACGCCUGUCAGCCUGACGGAUCACAGGAAGAGCCAAUAGGGAGGCUCCGUUGAUGCCACAGGACCCUCCCUCUCCUUCCCACCUCUCACCCCCUCUCCUGUGGACAGAGCACACAUUACUUGAAUUCACUUUACCUUGGCACUUUUUGUUUUGUUUUCUUUGAAGGGAAGGAAGAAUCCUCUCCUCUGCUGCCCUUGCCUCCACCAGACACACACACAUUCACACACAGAGUCACUCUUUCCCUGGCUCUCUCUAUCUCUCUCGCAUACACACACACACACAUUCACACACAGACUCACUCUUUCCCUGGCUCUCUCUAUCUCUCUCGCAUACACACACACACAUUCACACACAGACUCGCUCUUUCCCUGGCUCUCUAUCUCUCUUGCUUACACACACACACAUACACAUGCACACACGCACACACACACACACACAACACAUACACACUUGUUAUUUCUCUCAGUGUUCUCUGCAGUUCAAGAAGAACAGAAGACUCUUUGAUUUAAUAUGUUUUGUAUUAUAGCUGAAGGCAUUUUUAAGAUGAAUCCUGUAUGAUUUUAUAAAACAAUGAAGUUUGUUGUACAUUGUGUGACUGUGUUGUGAAGCAUUAACCCCUGUUGGUCUGUCUGUCUGUCUACCUGUCUGUGUGUUCCUCCUGUGUUUUAUUUCACUAUUGAAUGUUAGCGUAUUGAACCCCAGACACCUUUCCCCACCCCUGUGGUCCCAGUGCCAGCUCAGUGGUGGUUGUACAGUAUGUAUGCUAUAUUGUGUCAUUAGUAUAAAGAGAUCCAUUUAACUUAAGAGACGUGAACGAACGCUUGUGGCUGGCCACCUGAUGCUCCCACUAUCAGCCCCCCAACUCCUCACAGCCCUUCCCCCAAACACUCCCACCCUCACCCCACUAUCAUCCCCCAACUCCUCACAGCCCUCCCCCCAAACACUCUCACCCUCACCCCACUAUCAUCCCCCAACUCCUCACAGCCUUCCCCCCCCAAACACUCCCACCCUCACCCCACUAUCAUCCCCCAACUCCUCACAGCCCUCCCCACCAAACACUCCCACCUUCACCCCACUAUCAUCACCCAACUCCUCACAGCCCUCCCCCCAAACACUCCCACCCUCACCCCACUAUCAUCCCCCAACUCCUCACAGCCCUCCCCCCAAACACUCCCACCCUCACCCCACUAUCAGCCCCCCAACUCCUCCCCCUGUCUCCUGGAUGGGCUCUUUCCCUCCCUCCUCUUUCUAUAAACUCUGCCCCCUUGACCAGGAGAAUAUACUACCACUUCCUGUUUUUACCGCUUACCUGCUUCUGGUCAUGUGAUAGAAACCUUAGCAACGAUACAAGUACUGUACGAUUGCGCGUUCUGCCUUGCCCCCCUCUACCCCCAACCCCCCGGCACCAGCUUGUAAAGAACCAGAAAAUUGUUUAGUCAUCUCUAUGUGCAUGUAUAAACUCACUCAUAUUUAUGUACCGUACCCUGAAAACCCCAGUGGCCCUCUUUCCUCUUUGUCGUACUGUAAAGUGAGCAGACUCAGUAUUGCGUGUUUUAACCCUGGCUUGUGCACUGUGGAUGAGCAGUCAAGCAUAUCAUCAAUAAAGAGACAUAUGGCUCA